AUGUCAGACACGGAUGAUAUACAGCUUGGUGAUUCGGCUUCAGUUCUCAGCCAUGGCAGUCGCAGUUCGAGAGCCAGCUCAAGACACUCAAACACAGAGCUGCUUCGUAUAACAGAGGAGCAGAAGAGAGCAGAGCUUACUGCUCGGUCUGCAGCUAUCAAUGAAGCACAUGAGUUGGAGAUAUCAAGACGAACAUUAGAAAUGGAAAAUCAACGACUCAUGCAGCAGAUAGAGAUGUCACGACUGGAACUUCAAAGACGAGCGAAUCAGCUGAGACUCCAGACAGAGAUUAAUGUGAGCAGCGCAAGACUUGAAGUUUUGGACAAGUUUGAUGGUGAGUCCCCUCAGCAGUUGAAUGAUGUAAAUGACCUCCCCCCAAUAAUUGAUGGGCCAUUUACCGAGGCAGAAGCUGAGAACGCACCAAACGAUAGUCCACAACAUCGUGCUCGCAAACUAGAACAUGGGACUUUGAAUACCUUUCGAGACACACAGAAUGAUGGUGACAAUUUCCCUAAAACCCCACCCCCUAUGUCUACUCCACCUACUGGAAUGUCGGAUUCAUCUGACGCAGUUCUCCCCCCACAGACCAGUGAUGUACCCCGCAACGAUGUGGCAAGUGCCAUCACAGCACUGGCAGAUGUGCUCACACACCGGGAGGAGAAAUUGCCUAAGAAAGAACCAGAAAUCUUCAAAGGCAGUGUAUUCGACUUCCCCGUGUGGAUGAAUUCCUUUUCCGUCCUGGUAGAGCAGCGCUACACAUCACCAAUCGACCGCCUAUACUAUUUAGGCAGAUACACGUCUGGUGAGGCCCGAGAGUGUAUCAAAGGACUUCUCGCCUUGAACAGUGAGAACGCAUACCAGAAAGCGAAGAAACUCCUGACUGAGCGGUACGGUAACAAGAUGCUAGCUGCAAGCACCUAUCGUGAGAAAAUAAGCAAAUGGCCGACCGUGAAGCAAGACGAUGGAAAAGGACUGCGUAAUCUCUCAGAUUUCCUUUUCCAGUGCGAAACAGCCAUGUCAACUCUGAGCCAGUUAAAGGUUCUUGACGACCCAGCCGAGCACAAGAAAAUUAUAGAGAAGCUACCGAGGCAGGUGCAGGGUCGUUGGCUUCGUUUCGUCGACCAGUGCAUGUAUGGCCAGAAGGAUGCAGAGGAAGGUGACUACCCGCCCUUUGCCGAGCUGUGCAAAUUCAUCGCAAAGGAGGCUCGCAUUGCCUGUAGCCCCUUUCACCAAAAACCGAUGGACGAGAAGAGGGAAUUGACAAAAUUUGUCAAACCUACCAAGUCGGGAACAUCCACGACAUUUGCCUCAAAGGCAGAUGAGCUCACAACGAAGAAGAAGACUAGCCCCCUAAAGGGCAACACCCCCCCUUCACCCAAUGCAAACAAGGCAUCAACAUGUCCCCUCUGCAAGAGCCAACAUCAACUCGAUUCCUGUAGCAGUUUUGCAGCCAUGAGCCUUAGUGAAAGGCAUGACCUCAUCAAGAAGAGCGGCCUUUGCUUUGGAUGCCUCAAAUGGGGUCACAGAAGUCGCGAGUGUCGCCACAAGAAGCAGUGUGCAGUCUGUGGGCGCUCCCACCCUACUUUGCUGCACGACUUCUCCAAGUCCACUCCAGAUGUGCAGACCAAAGAUGACACCGAUGACAAAGAAGUGGUUGUUGUUCAAUCUACCACACAUCGAGUGCAGACACUUGACGUCGGAGAAAAUUGCUCACACACUCUCAUCGUUCCCGUCGUCGUUCAUCACAUCAAAGAACCCUCUGCGAAGGUGAUAGUAUACGCCCUAUUAGAUGAACAUUCCGAUUCUUGCUUCGUCUCAGAUUGGACACUAGAAAGGCUCGGAAUCGAUGGAGAGGCAGUCCAGCUGAGUCUGUCUACAAUAUUAGCGAAGGGCACUAUAUCAUCCAAAAAGGUGCAUGGCCUAACUGUCAAGGGAUUGUCCGAGGACACCGAGAUACAAUUACCAGGCGCCUACUCCAGAGAAUCUAUCAAUGCAAACCGUGAGCAGAUUCCGAAGUUGGACACCGUGAAGGAGUGGCCUCACUUGAAACGAGUCGCCAACCUGCUACCUCCCUACCUGAGUGAAACCGAGAUCGGACUUUUGAUUGGCUGCAAUGCAACUCGCGCAAUCAAGCCGAGAGAUGUCGUCCAUGGAGAGGAAGAUGCCCCAUAUGCAGUCAGAACAGCCCUUGGAUGGGGAGUGAUAGGAAUGAUGCGUCAUGACAACGGUGGCAACAAUGUUUGCAGAAUUUCGAAUGCAUCAAAGGAGCAACAAGGCCACUUCGCCUUUCGCACCCAGGUGAAAGAAGUCAGCCCCCUCCAAGUCACAAAAAUGUUCGAGAUGGACUUCAUCGGGAAAGACACCGAAGAAAUGGUUUCCCACGAUGACCGAAAGUUCAUGCAGAAGAUGAAGGAUGGUAUCCACAGACGUGAUGAUGGCCACUUUGAGAUGCCCCUCCCACUCAAAACAGAUGUCCAGCUCCCCAACAACAAGCCAGUAGCUCUGAAGCGGCUCAACAAGCAAAAAAUGAAGAUGUUGAGCAACCAAAAAUAUCGAGAUGAUUACAAGACCUUCAUGGAAAACAUCAUCGAAAAGGGCUACGCAGAGAAGGUUCCGGACGAGGAACUUGACCUGGACAACAAGGCCGUGUGGUACAUACCUCAUCACGGGGUAUACCAUCCCAAGAAACCAAACAAGAUCAGAGUCGUCUUCGACUGCAGUGCUGAAUACGAGGGUGAAGUGUUGAAUCGACACCUACUGCAGGGACCCGAUAUGACCAACAAUCUUGUUGGGGUUCUUUGCCGAUUUCGGAAGGACCACGUCGCCUUCACCUGUGACAUCGAAGGCAUGUUUCAUCAAGUUGGCGUCAACGUGGAAGAUCGCAGCUACCUGAGAUUCUUGUGGUGGCCAGGAGGUGACAUGAACCAGUCCCCAAAUGAAUAUCGAAUGACGGUUCACUUGUUCGGCGCUACCUCUUCCCCAGCUUGUGCAAAUUUUGCACUGAAGUGUGCUGCUGAUGCAUACGAAGAUAGUUGUGGGACGGCGGCAGCCGACUUCAUACGGAAGGACUUCUACGUCGAUGAUGGACUAAAGUCAGUCCCAACUUCCGAUGAAGCCCUGAAGUUGAUAGAAGACAGCAGACGGCUGUUGAACGAGCCAAGGAUGUUCAGAACGUUGACGUGUUCUCAGAAGGCCUUCCCAUCGAGCGUACUCUAG